GUGCAGUCGAUUUCCGGACUUUGGACUUGCUUCCUCAUUCGCUACCUAACAUUUCGAACCUACGCCGCUGAACAAUAUGCUGCCUAAAUUGCAAUGGGAAAAUUAGGUCUAUUUAUUUUCUACAUUCUCCUGACUUCAGAAUGAGAGUCCUUUAUCUACUGCUUGGGAUCUUCUUGUUCGCCAAAGGGGCUCUCGGGGAUAGCAACAAUGAAGAAAGUGGUUCCGUAGAAACUGCGCAUUCCUUGGAUCCUAGGGAUUCCAGCCAGAAGGAGCGCCUCUUCGGCUCCUUCAGCACCACCACCUACACAAUCGUCUCGGCCGUCACCUCCACCGUCUUCUUCUCCUGUCUCUCGGGAACAGCUGCUACAGUCUGCGCAGGGCGGAAUACAAAGCGAUUCCGAAGAGGCUCCGAUAACAAGGCCUUGGAAUUAGUCGGCGAAGGAGGCUCCAAUGUGCCUGCACUUGAACCGAGCGGACUUGGGGAACCAUCCCCGGAAGACACCAGCGCCGCAGGGGAAGCCCAAGCCAAAGAUCCGAAGUUCGGCUUCACUGUCUGGACCACAGCUCGAACCACCACCUCAGUCACCGUCUUCUACACUAACAGGUCAACGACCAUCAGACUCUCGUACUACUGUGUUGCUGGUGGACUCCAGUUCCCACCACAGAAUUGCGCCGGCUAAGAACGAGAUUCAGGCUGCCUGUGAGUGUCAGGGGAGAAGCAAAGAGAAAAUGAGACCAUGACUUUUUCCACCUAUUUACAGUUCAUAAGGACGGCGUUCAAGGCAAAACAAGCAAGUCCUUUUUGGCACUCAUUUGUUGUGACAGAAUGAACGCACUCACGACUUCAGAGAAAGGUUCAUUUUGGAGCGAGAGAUACGAAGUUUCUUCUCUUUUUCCUCCUCCCAUGAUACUCAGGACUUUGAAUUCAGUCACUCGAAAGCAACUAUUGUAAUGUAAUCUUUCUCUGUAUUUAUGUAUGUAUAUUGUUAAGACUCUGAGCGACGUUUUUAAGCACAUAAAUCCAUGUAACCACUUCAAA